CCUGCCGCCGGGACAGAAGCUUCCUCUCUCUCUCGUUCUCUCGUUCUCACUCUAGUAUUUAUACCGCUCUGCUAGCAGCCGGCGAAGAAGAAGGAGAAGAAGAAUCCCGAUUCAACGCCGCGGAACAAAUUCUUCUUUUCUCGGAAACCCAUCUUCCGUUUUUUUCCCUCGCUCCGAGAAAACCGCAGAGAAAAAAAAUGGGAUUCCCGCUGGGCUACACGGAGGUCUGCCUGCCGAAGCUCUUCGUCCACGCCCUCUGCCUCCUCGGCUUCCUCAGGAACCUCAUCUUCUCCCUCUUCCACUUCCUCGGCCUCUCCGACUUCCUCGACACCGACGCCGCCCCCUUCCCCGCCGAGUCCCGGCCGUCGCCCGCUGCCCCCGCCGCCGCCGGGAGCCCCCCCGUCUCCGCCCUCCUGAUCCGGGAGAUGCUGCCCGUCGUCAGGUUCGAGAGCCUGGUCGACCCGCCCGAGAGCUGCGCCGUGUGCCUGUACGAGUUCGAGGGGCGGCCGGAGGAGGAGAUCAGGUGGCUCAGCAACUGCCGGCACGUCUUCCACCGGGAGUGCCUGGACCGGUGGAUGGACUGCGAUCAGGACACCUGCCCGCUGUGCAGGACCCAGUUCGUGCCCGACGGCAUGCGGGAGGAGUUCCAUCAACGGCUGCGGGCUGCUUCUGGGGUCGGCGAUUUCGCCAUUUCUGAGGACUGAUGAUCAUGAUGAUGAUGAUGUCGAUAAGUUCAGCACUUUCUUUUCUUGAAAGGGUCUGCUGACUCUGGUCUUGCGGUUGACCGUUUGCUGACUACGCAUUAUGAGAUGGUGAAUAUUAGGAAGGGUAUAUAGCGUAAAAUGGGGGGGAUUGUUAGUUAGCCAAGAAAAAUAAUGGAAGUUAGCAAUUUUUUUUUUGUUGGCAAUUUUUUUGUUGGAUUAGUUCUUUUAUUUCGACUUUUUUUCCUUUCUUCUGAAGAAAAAAAAACGAAGAUUGGGCUUAUACCCAAUUGUCGGACUGAAUCUUGCGACUCGGAAUUCAGAUUUAGUACUUUGCGCA